UAAUCCACAAAACCGUACGGCGUAGUGUUCAUGUUUAUAAUUCUAUGGCUCUCUGUUUUGGCUCCGUGUGCCGUCCUGCUUUCAACAAGACCCAUUCUUCUUCUCUUCAAAUUCCGCUCACCUUCGCCCUAAUUUUCCUCAAUCUUUCAAACGCUCUUAAGAAAUGGCCUUCUUCGCCGCUGUAUCGCCUUCUUCGCCGGCAAUUUCUCCGCCGCCGAACCGGAGCAGUCGGUGGAUAGAGUUUGUCGUCGGAGCAGUGGUGGUGGUGUCGUUGAGCGCGUUUCUGUUCUGUGCUUUUCGUCGGAAAAUUCUGCAGAGGUUCCGGCAGCGGCGGCGGAACCCUAACGGAAGGUUGAAGGAAGGGAAAUCGAAGCCGAGGAGGUUCCGAUUUGAGGAAUUGGAGAAGGCGACGAAGAAUUUCAGAAGCGAAUAUUUGUUAGGGUUUGGUUCGUUUGCUAAUGUUUAUAAAGGUGUUCUUGAGAGCCACGAAAUCGUGGCCAUUAAAAGACCGCAUAGUGAUUCAUAUACGAGUCUCGAAGAAUUUCGAAAUGAAGUGAAGCUAUUGUCAUCCGUAAAGCACGAGAACUUGGCAGCUCUGGUGGGAUAUUGUGAAGAAACUACAGGGAAUGGAGGAGAGAGAAUAUUGGUUUAUGAAUAUGUACCAAAUGGGUCACUUCUACAUUACAUAAUUGGCCAUGAAGGAAGAAGCUUGACUUGGAGACAACGAGUUAACAUAGCUAUUGGAGCUGCCAAAGGGAUUGCUCAUCUGCAUAAUGGGAUGAAAGCUAGCGUAAUCCAUAGAGAUGUAAAACCAAGCAAUAUCUUAAUCGGAGAAGAUUUCGAGGCAAAGGUUUCGGAUUUUGGGUUGGUAAGGUCGGGACCCAUUGGUGAUCGGUCGCAUGUGAGCAGCCAAAUCAAAGGCACGCCCGGCUACUUGGACCCUGCAUAUUGCUCUACCUUUCACUUGACUCCUUUUAGCGAUGUCUAUAGCUUUGGCAUUAUUCUUCUGCAGCUCGUUUCUGCUCGUCCAGUGCUCACUUCCAAUGGAUCACUCCCCAACUCUCAUAUCGUUGAAUGGGCAAGACCGAGCUUAGAAAACGGCAGAGUUGAAGAGAUUUUGGAUGUAAAUCUUAUUUCCGAGCCAUGCAACAUGGAAGUGAUGCUAAAGAUGGGGCAACUUGGCCUGAAAUGCACUUCACACCAGCCUAAGUACCGCCCAACCAUGGCUCGGGUAUGCCUCGAGCUACAGGAAGCUCUUCAUGAAGCUGACAACUUCAGCACCAGGAAGCUCCUCAGGCAGCAAUCCAUGGAGUUUGAACAUUCUGAGAGCCUGGUGAGCAUUGAAGGUGUCAAAUUUGGGAAGUUUCGCGUGGGGAUGGAUACCGUUGAGUUUGAGAGUGUGAGCUUAAAGUGCCUCGAGAUUAAUAGUAUUUCCAUUGACAUCGAUCACAGUAUCGAACAGCAGCUGUCCAUGGCUGCAAAUGAUGAACAAAAUAAGAACUGA